AUGGUGGCCGCGUUUUGGAACACGUACUGUUCUGUUGGUUUGGUUGCUGUUUUUUCCAAAAGCUUACAGAAUUGGUCCACGGUGGGGUUUGUGGUUGUGAGAAGGAACUCGUCCACCAUAUUGGAAGCUGUACGUUUGUUACCCUUGAGGAAGACCUCGUUCGCGGACGAUUCGAUGAAACAGGACUCCAGAUUGGUUCUGAUUGGGGACUCGGAGAUGCCGUAUUUGAGGUCGUCAAGCUUCAAAGACACCUGUUUGGACCACACGUCGUUGAAAACCGAUUCGCUAAACAAACCUUCGAUGGUGGUUGUGUUCUGGGCAAGUUCCGGGGCCUUGAUCACCGACCCGGCCGGGGACGAUGAUUGUGAAGAAGCCUCUUGA